AUGCCUGACCGAGUAGCAGUGAUCACAGUACAAGAAGAAUCACCAAGAGACGUAACCUUGGAAGGUACAAGCGCCUUUGAUGGUAACAAGUUGCUGGCUCUCGGGCUAUACAUCAGCGAAGCUUGCGAUCUGUCUGGCGUGGCAGCCGAGAUCGUGAUCGGAAUCAGGCUCCCGUUGGUCACGCUACAAUUGAGUGACAUGGGGCCUGAAGAUUGGGCUCGAGUGCGUCCAUUUGCCGGCAGUUCCACACCCUCACAUAGGCCGUCUGUUUUAGCUCGAGAGAAAGAAAGGAGGCUGGGAAAAUAUGUACAGCUGGCUGGAAAGUGCAUGCCUGCCGACGUCAUCGGCUCGCGUAUCACCAUCUUUUGCUCACCGAUCUUUGUAUCUGUCUUGUAUGAAUCCAUCGUCUUCUCGAGAAUCGUUAUAGCAUUUUCUCAGCUCUCUAAUUUCACCAGCUAUUCAUCUUGUUCGGAGAACCGAGAAGGCUUCAAGAAAUUGGUCUUGCGAGCUGUCUGGUCGCGCCUUCCCUACUCGUCCGCUCUUGCCAAAACUGCUUUCAUCAUGGCAGGACUUGGACUCAAAUCCACAUCUACAUCGUCCUUCACGCCUCCAUUCUGUUCCAAUUCACAGAGUGCAUGUUCUGUUUGUCAGCAAAAAGAGCUUGGAAUCAAUCAUGGUGGACAAGUUUAUGACUGGUGCACUGUACGAGGCAUGCUAUGUGGUAUGCCGUCGUUGGCUAACGUUCUGCUCCAAAGCAUUGCCUACAUGGCAGAGAAGUUCCCCGACAAAUGGAUGGAGAAGAUCCCCUACUACCGCGCAAGAGAAGAAGAGUUGAAGGAAGAGGAGCGUGAGGAGCGUCGUCGUGCUCGCAAGAACAAGCGCAGCCAUUCGCACUCUCACAAACGCUCUGGCAGCCACCGCAGAGCACGCCACUACGACGACGAUGAGGAUUCCGACAGCUACGACGAAGAGUACGACCGCCGUGAUCAUAGAAGACACCGCAGUCUUGAUGGACGUCGCCAACAGGGAGAAGACAGAUCGUCCUACCGCAGAUCUUACAACCCUGCCGACUAUGCUCCUGUCGACAGACACGGUUACGCUGUCCAGCCUCCUGCUGCAGCUCGCCCCGUUGUGAAUGGAGAUAUGCCUGGCGCAACCCCAGCCACGACUUCCUUCGCCAAUGGUCCCCUUCCUACAUCCACUUCCGGUCCGAUCCCUGGCUAUGUGCCUUACGCCCACGUUUACAGCACACCUGCUCAGGCUCAGAACACUUCUCACGGCCAUGGUCUCCGUGACUCUCCCCGUGGCUCGUCAGACCGUCAUGAUCGCAAGGACUAUCGCGUCGAUCCUCGUAGCAGAAGAUACUAUGAUGAUCGUGACUAUGACAGCGACGACUCCAAGUACCGCCGUCGCAGCACUCGCUACGACUAG